AUGAGGACCCUCACUCUCCUUGCUGCCAUUCUCCUGGUGGCCCUGCAGGCCCAGGCUGAGCACAUUUCAGUGAGCAUCGAUGAAGUCGUAGACCAGCAGCCCCCACAGGCAGAGGAUCAGGACGUGGCCAUCUACGUUAAAGAGGAUGAGAGCUCCGCUCUUGAAGCUUUAGGUGUAAAAGCAGGUGUGGUCUGUGUGUGCAGACGAGCCCUCUGUGUACCUCGGGAACGUCGCGCUGGGUACUGCAGAAUCCGUGGAGUCCGCCACCCACUCUGCUGCCGCCGCUGA